CAGCAGAUUCUGCUCUAUAUAAGCUCAGACUGAACAUUUGACCAAUCGGAGUGGGACCACUUAUCGAAUUCACCUCUUGCCUUUUACCAGAUGUGACCGUUAGUUGGCCCAAAAGACUCCAUUCCCUCAAUCUUUGGACACUAUUGAACACGAGUUCGAAACCUGUUUUGGAUUUUGGACAAUAUUGUUUUUGCAUGUUCCUCCGAAAACGCCCCUUGCGCCCUUCCUUCCACUCACGGGUCAGACCCAGCAAUCGACCCACGUCGAGUCUUGAAUCUAAAAUAUUUCAUCUGAUGGUUUAAUGUAGACUGUUGUAUCUUGUUAUGAUCGAAGUCGUGCGGCAUGCUCCGUUUGGGUGUCCAUGCAAAACACUGUUACAUAUGAGCUUGUUGAGAAAUCCCUUCGGCGGAUGGUCGGUUAGGUUGGCUGCUUCCUACCCCACCAUCCCGUGCCCAGCGCAGGAGGGGCAGAUCCCACGUACGUCACAGCGCUACCAAACUGCCUGCUUGUCACGUAAAUGGUACAUUUCUCGGCCUCGCAACCUCUUAAAUCGCACGUACCAUAGCCAAGUAUCCAACAGAAGUUCCUCGCUACGAACCCGAUUACACCUGAAUACAUGCGCCCGUCAUGACCCGUUACAAGAACACUCUGUUGUACGGCGGUGCAUUGGUUUCUGACCUGCCCGAGAAGUUUGCCGAUGUCAGUAAAUUAAGACAGGUACCGGACAACCAGGAGGUCUACAUCGACCAAGACGGGUUCACCAGCAUUAUCUUCGACAUCACGGAACGCGUAGGCCCCUCUGGCACUGGACCAGAGAUCGAUGGCCGCGCCCUCACAACACACCUUGAGGAACUGGUAGGCUCUGAGGUGGACACUGUCAAGGUGUGGAACACUACAGAAACCCAGUUCUCUCGUCUUGGUGAGGACAUUCCCGCCUACACCCUGAUCGCGACACAGACCCCCCGUCCAGAGUCUGGAGACAGGUCGUCUUCGCCCGACUUCACGGCGAUUAUUCUGACCUUACUGCGCCUCGAAAAAGAAUCGACGGACAUCCUCAUCACAAUCAACGUGCCUCACAUCAGGGGCGAGUACAAUGAAGAGGACGUAGAUCUCGAGUUGGGAAAGCAGGGCAAGCUGAUCGGAGAUGCGGUUGAUUAUGCUGCAAGAGUCUGGGAGACCUUCAAAGUCAAAGACUGGACCCUUUUUGGGGAAAUCUGAGUCGCUCAGCUACACCAACACGUCAGGUUUGUCUAUCAUAGCUGUGAUGUCGAAUUAUAUACCCAGCCUAAGUGGUUCAUGCAUCCCA